CGCUGCGCUCAAAUCUGCGGAUCCACUAGAAGUCGAGCUAAAGCAAGGAUCCUCCUGGAUACCGCACCGGAACACACACACACAGACAGAGGGGGGAAAUCAACAGGCCAAUGCAUGAGUAAGUUAGUUUGAAGGAGUAGAUAUAGGAGUAGUUAAGUUAGCGGGAUUGUUACUGGAAACUCGGUGCUCUUUAAACGGUUUCUCCUGCGAGCUCACUGAUGGUGGAUCCCCUGCGGCUGGAUCACAUCGCACACGCAGACGCUACUGCAACUCGAUCCCAAGCGCAACGACAGCCUGUCCCCCCCUCCCAUUUCCAGCCGAAGAAGUUGAAGAUCUCCGGGAUGCUUUGGUUCUGAAGAAGAACUUCUCCCGGAUCCCCGUUUACAAAAUAAUCCACUUAGCAACUCCUCUAUCGGCUACACGGAGCACGGCUGGAAAAUGUCGCAUCCUCCUGCCAAGUUUAAAAAGGAUAAAGAGAUCAUCACGGAGUACGAGAGUCAAGUCAAAGAGAUUCGAGCUCAACUGGUGGAGCAGCAGAAAUGUAUCGAGCAGCAGACAGAGAUGAGGGUCCAGCUUCUGCAGGACCUCCAGGACUUCUUCCGAAAGAAGGCAGAGAUCGAGAUGGAGUAUUCCCGUAACCUGGAGAAGCUGGCGGAGCGCUUCAUGGCCAAGACCAGAAGCACCAAGGACCACCAACAAUACAAAAAAGACCAGAACCUCCUUUCCCCAGUGAACUGUUGGUAUCUGUUGCUGAACCAGGUGAGGCGGGAGAGUAAAGACCACGCCACGCUGAGUGACAUCUACCUGAACAAUGUCAUCAUGCGCUUCAUGCAGAUCAGCGAGGACUCGACACGCCUUAUGAAGAAGAGUAAAGAAAUAGCAUUUCAGCUGCAAGAGGAUCUGAUGAAAGUCCUAAACGAGCUCUACACGGUGAUGAAAACCUACCACAUGUACCACACGGAGAGCAUUAGUGCUGAAAGCAAGCUGAAGGAGUUUGAGAAGCAGGAGGAGAGGCAGAUCGGUCGCACGGGAGACCCCGUCUUCAACGUGCGUCUGGAAGACAAAACCCCAAGACGUAGCUUUGUUAAGAAGAUCGAGAAGAUGAAAGAAAAGAGGCAGGCCAAGUACUCUGAGAACAAGCUGAAGUCGAUCAAAGCCCGGAACGAGUACCUGCUGACUCUGGAAGCCACUAACUCUUCAGUAUUCAAGUAUUACAUCCAUGACUUGUCUGACCUAAUAGAUUGCUGUGAUCUGGGCUAUCACGCCUCUUUAAACCGGGCUUUGCGCACCUACCUCUCGGCUGAGUAUAACCUGGAGACGUCUCGUCACGAGGGGCUGGACAUCAUCGAGAAUGCUGUGGACAGUCUGGACCCUCGCAGUGACCGUCAGCGCUUCAUGGAGAUGUAUCCUACCGCUUUCUGUCCUCCGGUCAAGUUCGAGUUUCAGCCACACAUGGGCGACGAGGUGUGCCAGAUCACGGCGCAGCCUCCGGUCCAGGCUGAGCUGAUUCUAAGGUUCCAGCAGCUCCAGUCACGCCUGGCCACACUGAAGAUUGAGAAUGAGGAGAUCAAGAAGACCUCUGAGGCCACGCUGACCACUAUCCAGGACAUGGUGACUAUCGAGGAUUACGACGUCUCUGAGUGUUUCCACCACAGCCGCUCCACAGAGUCAGUCAAGUCCACCGUGUCCGAGACGUACCUCAGCAAACCCAGCAUCGCCAAGAGACGUGCCAACCAGCAGGAGACCGAGCAGUUCUACUUCAUGAAAUUCCGCGAGUUUCUUGAGGGCAGCAAUUUGAUCGCCAAACUCCAGGCCAAGCAUGACCUGCUGAAGAGAGCACUGGGAGAAGGUCACCGAGCAGAAUACAUGACCACAAGGCCUCCAAUUCUUCCUCCUAAACCACACUGGAGGCCCAGACCUCGCUCAGUUUUUAACAUAAAGCUAUUUAAUGGCAAUUUGGAGGCCUUUAUAAAGGACUCUGGCCAAGUUAUCCCACGAGUGGUAGAGAGCUGCAUUCGUUUCAUCAAUCUUUAUGGUCUUCAGCAUCAAGGCAUAUUCCGUGUAUCUGGCUCUCAAGUUGAAGUCAAUGAUAUUAAGAAUUCAUUUGAGAGAGGCAACGAUCCUCUCACAGAUGACGAGGAUAACCAUGAUAUUAACUCAGUGGCAGGAGUUCUCAAACUCUACUUCCGAGGUCUGGAGAACCCCCUCUUUCCAAAGGAGAGGUUUAAUGAUCUCAUCUCCUGCAUCAGAAUAGAUAACCUAUAUGAGAGGGCCCUUUACAUUCGGAAAAUCCUCCUAACAUUCCCCAGAUCUGUCCUCAUAGUCAUGCGCUACCUGUUUGCUUUCCUCAACCAUCUGUCCCAGUACAGUGAUGAGAACAUGAUGGACCCCUACAACCUGGCCAUUUGUUUCGGCCCCACCCUCAUGCCCACCCCUGACACCCAGGACCAGGUGUCUUGCCAAGCUCACGUCAAUGAGGUCAUCAAGACCAUCAUCAUCCACCACGAGACCAUCUUUCCUGACGCCAAGGAGCUAGACGGUCCUGUGUACGAGAAAUGCAUGGCUGGAGGAGACUACUGUGAAAGUCCUUAUAGUGAGCAUGGAGUCCUGGAGGAAGUCGACCAGGACGGAGGCGCAGAGACACACACCAGUGAAGAUGAGGGCGAACCGAUCGAAGCCAUCGCUAAGUUCGACUACGUGGGCCGCUCUUCACGUGAGCUGUCCUUCAAGAAGGGAGCGUCUCUGCUGCUGUACCAGCGUGCUUCAGAAGACUGGUGGGAGGGAAGACAUAAUGGCAUUGACGGCUUGGUGCCUCAUCAGUACAUCGUAGUGCAGGAUAUGGACGAUACCUUCUCGGACACUCUGAGUCAGAAGGCAGACAGCGAGGCGAGCAGUGGACACGGAGGAGACGAGAAGUGCUCCGGCAGAGAUCUGACCUCUCCUACAGACCGAACUGACGCAUACAUCAGCAGUAGUCGUCACAGGAAGAGGAGUGACCCCCCGAAUCGCAAGCCCCCUGCACGCCCAAGCGAUGCCCACUGCAUGGUUCAUCCAUCCCAAAGCCAUGGGAGUCAUGGGAACCACGGUACUCAUGGGAACCCAGCCCUCGGCUCACCUGUGCUGGGGCAUUACAGCCCCCGAGAAGUGGUGCGUGGCAGAGGCCCGAUGGUCACAGACAGCCCGGAGAGACGCAGACGCACAGGACACGGUGGCCUCACAGGCCACAGCAGCCUCACCAACAUCAGCCGUCACGAGUCUCUGAAGAAGAUGGAGAGCCCCCCGAUCCGCAGAUCCACUUCCUCAGGCCAGUACAUGGCUAGGGGUCUGGAUCCGGAAAGCAUCGCACAGGACAUAGAGGAGACAAUGAACACGGCUCUGAACGAGCUGCGCGAGCUGGAGAGACAGAGCUCGGCUAAGCACGCCCCCGACGUGGUGCUGGACACGCUGGAGCAGAUGAAGAACUCUCCGUCUACACCUGGCAGCUCUGCUGAUUCGCUGAAUCGCCACCCUCUCCGUCGCAGCACCAGCUCCUCCAGCGACGCCAUGAGCACCUUCAAACCCGCUGUAGCCCCUCGAAUGGGUGUGCAGCUGAAACCCCCUGCUCUCCGUCCCAAGCCCAUGAUGGCGCUGCCUAAGGGGGGUACAGCUCAGGCUUCAGCAUCACCGCCCCAGGAUCCUCUCGACAAGUCCUGCACCAUGUGAGCCAAUCACAGCUCAGCAGAGGGAGUUUUUCAUCGAUAUAAAUGGAUUGCUUUGUAACGGUUACAUCCUGGAUAUUUUACAUCUGCACUGGACUGAAGAACCAACUGUUCCUCUGUUCCAUUGCUAGCAACAGAACAAGUGCUGAGCAUCAGAGACAUGUUCAAGCUGUAUAGAUAUACUACUAAUAAUUUCACAGGUCAAUAAUAAACUGUAGGUCUUCGUUUAGACAUGUUUACCUGCCUAAAGGAUUUGAAUCGUUCUUUUUAUCUGCAUUGAAAUGUGACCCAUUCUACUAUACAUUUUAAAAGCCACUUUUUGUGAUCCAGUGUUGGUGCAAAACGUAAAACCGUCACAGCGUAUAGAAAUCCGUUCUCUUGAUACGAUCAUUUCUUUGCAUGUAAAUAGACCAGGUUCAUUUCUCAGUGUGAAUAGACGAUAAGGAAACUAUAAACUAGUUCGUAUUCGACUGUAUUAUAAAAGAAAGCAACAAAUCACAAAGGCUUCCUGCGUGGUGGUUAGAAUAAUUUGUUCAUAGUUUACAUCUAGUAGAGAAAUGCUAAAUGUGAAUAAUACAGGAACAAAGCAGGGUUUUUGGGUUUUUUUUCCGUUUCUUUGUUUACAGCCUCAGGAUUGUGUGAAAUUUCAUUUCUUUUGUCUGGAACGGACCUGAGCCUACAGCUAAUCAGUUACUAAGCAAUGAAUGUGGUUUACUCGUAACAAAGCAGCACUGCCGCAUGAAAAACUAACCCUGUCUUUGGUGGUAUCUCAAAAAAAAAAAAAAAAAAUAAGCUGCUAAUUCCUGAGAAGCAGUUGUGGAUUUUUUUUUUAGACCAAGAGAAGUAGUGUAUGCAAGGCUUUACUUUGAAUAUUAUAUUUUUGAUAGUAACAAUAGUAAUAUGUAUAUACACAGUUAUCACCAAUGAAAGUAGAAUGAUUCAGUGAAUAAAAGUGGAUCUCAUUUUUCCCCAUCCAAUAAUAUUACUAUCACCAUGACUCGGAUAUAGUAGAAGACAGUAGAAUGAGGAUGGAAAUUGUUUAUUAGGAAAAUAAAAAACAGCUGAAUUCGGAAUAUUUUUGAGCCAUUACGAUAUGGUUAUAAACUGUCCGGUUCAGCUGCCACUUCCACACCACUGCUCUUACAGACGGUACAGAACUUUGUUGUUCAAAUAUCUCUCCGAUUUCUACCUAUAGAGCAUGAGUAGGAUACCUUUUCAGUUAUAUGCAAAGAGCUUUUUAUGAAGUCUUAAAAGAAGAAAAAGACUUCCGAGGCAAUAUUUCCGUGACUUCACCAAACAAAGGCAUGAAGCCAAUAGCCAUGGACUCUCUGACUGUUAUUAUAAAAUGUCACUGUUGUCAUCCUUAUUGCUACGUGGUGUAGAAGUGUGUGGGUCAAUCAGCCUCAAAUCUGUGCUCUAGAUCAGUGAACUGCCUAAUAUUUUAAAUAUGAUCUAAAAGCUCUCUGCAUCUUAAGAAGCAUUUUGUUUUGUUUUAAGCUUUGGAUGUGUAUUGAAAGCUGUUCCAUUAUACAGAUUUCACUGUAAAUGUGUAGCAGCUGCUCCCGGUUGUAUAGGUAAAUAAACAGAGUGACCACUGAGAUAGAAAAAGGAUUUCAAUCGCACAUAACAAAACUGCUAUUUGCAAUAUUGGGCAAAAAUUUUAAUUGUAGUGAUUUCACUAAAACGUAGACAAAUGGGACAGAAUAGAGAGAGAGUGUGUGUGUGUGUGUGUGUGUGUGUGUAAUAAUAAUAAUCAUAUGCUCAUGCCGAAUUCUAAUACACAACAAUGGACCAUCUGUUGAACCAGUGUUGUCAGGAAAUAAGUAACACCUGUUGCUAAUAUUUCAUAAUGUAUUUUAAACAUGAUUAUAAUUAUUUUGUCUUUUGAAUGACUAACUGUUAAAUAGUAACGAUAACAUUUUCUUCUUUGUUUUUUUGUAAUAAGGUGUACAGUGCAUUGCAGACAGAACAUGCUUUAUUAGAGUGUAUUUGUUUCAGGGUUUAUUCCUGGAUUUAUCCCUCCACAGGUGUACAGUAGCAGACUGCUGUUAUAUCAACGUGGCAAUGUUCAUCUGUAGUAUGGACUCGUGAAAGUGCCUUUAAAAGCCGUUUUAGAGGAGCUUCAAGCCAUUGUCCUCUGUGCUGUCACGCUCAUCUUUCAUACCUGUGCAGUACAUAGGAAAAGACAGUGAACGCAUUAUCGAUCAGUAGACGUAAUCGGAUAAAUAUUCUGCUAAUGAUUCAUUGUGACAUUGCACUUUUAUGUAUAAGACUGUAUAUAUGGCAUGCAACAUUCUAACAAGUUAUGGAGCUUUUGUUUUGUUUAUUGGUUUUAUUUUUUAUGUUUUAUUUCAUUUGGUCAGAGCCACCACUCUGGAUCAUGUCUUUCUAAUAAAGAACUUAGUUUGAUCAGCA